UCAACAUAAAGGCAUCGUAAAAUAUUUGCUCUCAGAUACCACAUAAACCACUUGCAGAGCUCUCUGGAAACUUGGAGCUGUUUGGAAACCAAGCAUUCCACAAUGAAGAGCUUUCUGGCUUUCCUUGUUGCACUGGGCAUCAUAGUGACACUGAGUGAUGCAUACUGCUUUUCUAAACUGAACAAGUCAGGCAUGAAAGUUGAAGGCUGUUUGCUGGAUGGAAAACUGUAUCCCUUUGGAGAGAUUGCAAGGACAGAAAAUUGCUUCAGGUGCAGCUGCAGCUCACAUGCAAUGCGUUGCUGCUCCCUCUUUCAUACUCCUGUUCGUUAUGACAAAGAGAACUGUCAAGUCAUUUUCAACAAGACCAGCUGUGACUAUGAUGUGGUGGAGAAGAGUGACCCCUCAAAGGAGUGUGUUGUCUAUUCACGUAUAGGCUAACAACCCACCUGCUCCAGACCUCUCUGCACUGUAGAAUUCCACCUUCCUACAGGUGCUUUGCCAUCACAGAGAUGCUGAAAGACAUGGGAAAUCUUAUAAGAGAGUACUUCAGUUCACCUCUAAUCUCCUAGUUGUUCUAAUACAGAAUACAAGAUGCAUAAUCAAAUGCAAUGUCUUAAUUCUGUCACUACUUGCAUUGGUAUCACAAGACAAUAAAUCCAGAUAAAACAUGCA